AUGAACGGUUACAGCAAUGGCACGAGCCAUUCGCAAGCCCACCGCUACACCAAUGGCCAUGCUGAAGCUGUCCCAGUGGCAAUCUGCAGCAUGGCGAUGAGAUUACCAGGCGGCAUUCGCGACGACGAAGCCCUGUAUCGGUUUUUGGUGAACAAAGGCGACGCCCGCUCGGUCACACCAGCAAAUCGAUAUAAUGUCAACGCGUACUACAGUCCACACGGGAAGCCGGGGACAGUCAUUACCAAGCAUGGAUAUUUCCUUGACGAUGUCGAUUUCGCUCAAUUCGAUCACUCCAUGUUUACGGCCGCUGCCGCCGAAGCCGAAUUGAUGGACCCGAAUCAGAGACUCGUCCUCGAGGUGGUCCGCGAGGCUUUGGAGCGGGCGGGCGAGAACUGGCGUGGGAAACCGAUUGGUACGUAUGUUGGUAUGUUCACAGAGGACUGGCAGGAGAUACACCACAAGGACAGCAACUUCUUCCACCCGUACCUGAUGAUGGGGACGCUGGACUUUGCGCUGGCGAACCGCGUAUCGUAUGAAUAUGAUCUCCGAGGCCCAAGUGUCAUGUACAAGACAGCCUGCUCGUCUGCCGGUAUUGGCCUUCAUGAGGCGUUGGAGGCAAUUCGUAGAGGGCACAUCUCGUCGGCUGUCGUGGCCGGCACAAAUCUGAUCCUAGCCCCUGGUCUCACGGUGUCCAUGAGUCUGCUCAUGGCUUUAUCGCCAGAAGGCUCAUCAAAGUCCUUCGACGCCACCGCAGAUGGAUAUGCCCGUGGCGAAGCAGUUACAGCGCUAUACAUCAAACGACUUGACGAGGCCAUUCGUGACGGCAACCCUAUCCGCGCUGUCAUCCGCUCUUCGGCUGCUGGGGCCGAUGGACGAUCCAAAGGUGGAAUGGCAAAUCCCAACCCGGAUGCCCAUGAAACCAUCAUUAGAAAGGCAUACGCUUUAGCUGGUCUAGACAUGUCCCAGACAGCGAUGGUCGAAGCGCAUGGUACUGGGACACCAGUUGGAGACCCAAUAGAAGUGGAGGCGAUUGCACGCUGUUUUGGCGAGUACGGAGCAUAUCUGGGGGCUGUGAAGCCAAAUCUGGGACACAGCGAAGGGGCCGCAGCGAUUACAAGCGUGAUGAAAGCUGUGCUUUCGCUCGAACAUCGAACCAUUCUUCCGAACAUCAAGUUCAAUAAUCCAAACCCCGCAAUCCCAUGGGAAAGGGCCAAGCUGGUCGUUCCGGUGGAAGCAACUCCCUGGCCGGAAGGACGUGCUGAGCGUAUGAGUAUUGGGUCGUACGGAAUAGGAGGGUCCAACGCCCAUUUCAUUAUCGACUCUGCCGCCUCGUUCAACCUGGAGGUCCCCAGUACUAUUCCGCCAGCCAUCCAAGAGCCAAAGCAGCAACCGACGCUGUUGUUGUUCUCCGCAGGACGCCCAGAAGCGCUCAAGGACAUGGUCAAAAGUCACGCAGAAUAUAUCACAAAGCAUCCGGAAAGAUUGGCGGAUGUGGCGUACACUUUGGCGGAGCGGCGAGAGCGUCUGAAGUAUAGAGCCUUCUCCGUCAUCACUGAAGGCACGGAUGCAUUAGGUGAGCCGGCAGCUGUUGCAUCCCAAGGCAUCGAGCAAGCGGCGUUUAUCUUCACGGGACAGGGCGCUCAAUGGGUGCAGAUGGGUCGACAGCUUAUGGUCGACUAUCCUUCGUUCCUGGCAAACAUACGAUCCAUGGACCAGGCUCUUCAAGGGCUGGAUGGCGAUGCACCCGCCUGGUCAAUUGAAGAUAUCCUCUUCUCAUGCGUUGACAAGACGCAACUCGCAAAAGCAGAAUUGUCGCAACCGCUUUGCACGGCUGUUCAAAUCGCAGUCGUUGACCUCCUGGCUUCUUGGGGUAUCAUUCCCGCAGCUGUGGUUGGACAUUCAAGCGGCGAGAUUGCUGCAGCAUACGCCGCGGGUGCCUUGUCGAAAGAGGGUGCCUUGAUAGCUGCCUACUACCGGGGGUUUGUGUGUAAGAAUCCUUCCAAGGCAGGGGCCAUGGCAGCCGUUGGACUUGGAAAGGACGCGGUCCUGCCAUUCUUAUCAGGGUUGAUCGGUGUCGGAGUCGCUUGUGAGAACAGCGGUUCUAGCGUUACAUUGUCAGGCGACACGGAAGUCCUGCGACAGGUUCUGGGCGCGAUAAAGAGUCACAAUGACCAGGCCUUCGUACGAAAGCUCGCCGUGGAAAUGGCCUAUCAUUCGGGUAAGACUCUUGCCUCGUACAGACCAGCCGAGUUUGCUUACCAAUUAUUAGAGCACAUGAAAAUCGUUGGUGACACGUACCGAGAGCUCAUCUCCAAACACAUUGUGACGGGUUCGCCCAGGAUUCCUUUCUACUCCAGCGUAUAUGGCGGCAAAGUACUGUCAAGCGCUUCCGACUUCGGACCUUGUUACUGGCAGGAGAACCUCGAGAACCCAGUCCUCUUCCAUACGGCGGUCAAAGCCCUAUUGAAGGAAUCGCCCCGCAUGGUCCACGUAGAAGUUGGACCGCACCAUGCCCUUCGCGGACCCUUGCGCCAAACCUACCAAGAAACAGGCAUCUCCGUGCAGCACAUCCCGACCCUGACUCGAGGCGAGAACGACACACGCGCUCUUCUCUCCACAGUCGGCCAGCUAUUCGCAGCUGGCUUACCUGUUACUCUUCCUUCCGAGCCCGCAGGUCGCGUACUCUCGGAUCUUCCGCCAUACCCAUGGCAUUACGAGCGCGCAUACUGGGCGGAGACGCGGGUAAUGCACAAUUGGCGGUUCCGCCGACAUGCGCCGCAUGAUCUUCUGGGCUCUCGCACUCUAGACUCGUCUGACAUCUCUCCAACGUGGCGCAAUGAGAUCCGCGUUCGCGAUGUUCCUUGGCUCAAGGACCAUUGUGUGGGAAAUGACAUUGUCUUCCCAGGCGCAGGAUAUAUUGCCAUGGCCGGUGCAGCUGCUUGCCAGCUGGGUGAGCUGAAUAGUCUAAGCGACUAUACGGUUAAAGAGGUUGAGCUCCGUCAGGCGUUGGUUCUUCAGGUGGAGGACUCGAAGGAGAUGGUCACAACCCUCCGCCCACAGAGGCUGACGGCUAGUCUCGACAGCGACUGGUACGAGUUCUCGAUAGUCUCUCAUGACGGAUCGGCAUGGAGCAAGCACUGCUCAGGUCUCGUGCGUCGUGGGCGUGCGUCAAAGUCUCCACCAGCCUCUAUGAAGAGAGUGCCGGUGCCUCUCCCGAGAAAAGUGUCAGCCAGUCGCUGGUAUACAACAUUGAACCGCGUCGGGCUCAAUUAUGGUCCGCGCUUCAUGGGAUUGAAAAAUAUCACUGCCGGAGUGACAGAAAGAAGCGCGGUAUUGGACAUCGCAGACGCCCCAGGUGACGGGUCCGAGUCCUCGUACCCGCUGCACCCAACCACGCUGGAUAUCAUGCUCCAAUCAUGGACCGUGGCCGCGUUCAAGGGCAUAUAUAGCUCUUUCAGCAAAUCAUUCCUGCCCACAUUCAUCAAAGAGCUGUACGUUGGUGUUGGAGCCGGACAGGAAAUCCAUGUCAAGACCACUACGUCUAGCCACAGUGCAGCGGCCGGUCGGGAAGGAGUUGAAGGGCAAUCCUAUGCAGUUACAAACGAUGGUGAGAAUGUGCUUGUUCUCAAGGGCUUCCGGGGCACUCCGCUUCCUUCUGAAGAGGAUGGUCCCGAACUCACGGCCCUCCAACUUGACUGGAAGCCGGAUGUAUCCUUCCUCGACGUAGCCAAGCUCACGCGGCCGAUUUACGACUUCCGAGAGCAGACAGCGCUGGUGGAAAAGCUUUAUGUUCUCUGCGCGUUGGAGUCCAAUCCAAGCCUUGAGGGAGUAGAAGCCACGCAGCCGCAUUUCGAGAAGUACCGAAAGUGGAUGAAAUCUCAGAUCUCCCGCUUUAGGGAACCGGGAUACCCACUGGUCGACACCGUGGAAUUAGUACAUAUGACAUCAAACGAGCGCCAAAGGCUCAUUCCCCAGCUUUUAGAGGAGUGUAAGACUGCUGGUGUAGGAGCCAUGGCCGAAUCUGUUUGGCGCACAUACGACCAGCUGGUCAAUGUGUUCGAGGGGAAGACCGAUUUCCUGGAUCUACUAAUCCACGAUGGUACACUCGCAGGCAUAUACGAUUGGAUGAACAAUGUCUGGGACGUAAGCGAGUUCUUCCAGCUGCUGGGUCAUGCGCAUCCGCAACUCCGGAUCCUGGAGAUCGGGGCCGGCACCGGGGGUCUUACGUCGAAGAUCCUUCAAGCGCUUCAAUCCGAGUUUGGCGAGAGACUGUACUUCCAGUACACUUUUACCGACAUAUCCUCGGGUUUCUUCGUGGCUGCACAAGAGCGUUUCAAAGAGUACUCCGGAAUGGAAUACAAGGUGCUUGAUAUCUCAAAGGACCCAGUUGCUCAAGGGUUCAAGGCGGGAGAUUAUGACCUUAUCAUUGCCUCAAAUGUUCUUCACGCGACGCCUAUCUUGCAUGAGACGUUAUGCAAUGUACGAACGCUCUUGGCUGACCAGGGUCGGUUGUUCCUACAAGAGCUUUCUCCAGUGACCAGUAGUAUGGUUUACAUUAUGGGCCUGUUUGUGGGCUGGUGGCUAGGUGAGGCAGACGGCCGCGUGGAGGCUCCAUAUUUGCCAACCGAAGUAUGGGACGAGAAGCUCCGCGCCGCAGGUUUCAGUGGAUGCGAAGCAGUGACUUUGGACAAUGAGCGUCCGUUCCAUGUCAACGCAAAUAUCAUCUCAAGACCGGCGAUCGACCUGGCGUACAUGGGAGACAUUACCCUGCUAUCGGGCUCAUCCAGGAUCCAUCCUCUGGCCUUGCAGGUUGAGGGACUUUUGAAAGAGCAAGGUCAUUGCGUGAAACAUCACCAAUGGGGCAUUGGGGAUGCGCCGCCACCUAAUCAAGACAUGAUUUCGUUUAUCGAUCUUGACGGGAUACUACUUAACAAGCCAAGAGGGGAAGACUGGGACCGCUUCAUCAAGGCCAUCGAAACACUCCAGCAGGCUGCAGUUGUAUGGCUCACAAACCCUGCUCAAGUCAAUUCGAAGGAUCCGCAUGCGGCCCUGAUCUUGGGAAUGGCAAGGACUAUCCGAUCAGAACUUGCCAUGCCCCUGGCGACGCUAGAGCUGGAAGAUUGGAACCUGUCGGGGGCGGCUAAGGCAGUCGUGGAUGUCAUGAAGAAGGUCCAACGGGGUAAGGACGACAUGACAAGUACACUCGAUCCGGACCUUGAGUAUGCCUGGGUGGAUGGAGAAAUCCACGUUGGACGUUUCCACUGGUACACAGUGCCAAAUGCUCUGCGGAAGGCCGCUCCUUUGGAGCCAGACACCAAGGCGCUCCUCAUCCAGAAGCGUGGACUACUGCAAUCAUUGCAUUGGUCUGGCCAGCCUCUUCCGGCCCUCGCGGACGACGAAGUACAGGUCCAGGUCAAGGCUGUAGGUCUCAACUUCACUGAUGUGCUCAUUGCUAUGGGUCUGGUGCAUGGCGCCGAUGCUCUCGGGAACGGUUUCGACACAUUCGGCCUGGAGGGUGCUGGGUAUGUAAGCAAAAUUGGAGCGGACAUCGACCAUGUCCGACCUGGGGAUCGCGUCAUGGUUCUGGGAACCAGCUCCACCGGCUUAGCGACCCAGGUCCAGCGGCCCGGGAAAUUUACCCUGCGCAUCCCUAACAGUCUCAGUUUCGAGGACGCCGCUACAAUGCCAUCAGUGUAUGUGACGGUUCUCCUGGGUCUAGUGGACAAAGCCCAGCUGGAGAAGGGUCAGUCAAUCCUGAUACAUGCUGCGGCCGGGGGUAUAGGUAUUGCAGCUAUUUAUGUCUCGCGCUGGAUUGGCGCGGAAGUCUAUUGCACUGUGGGAUCUGAGGAAAAGGCACAGUUCCUCAUGCGCGAAUUUGGGAUCCAGCGUGAACGUAUUUUCCACUCACGAGACACCAGCUUCUACGACGACCUUAUGGUUGCCACAGACGGUGUCGGCGUUGACUGCGUGCUGAACUCUGUGUCGGGUGAAUUGUUGCAUACGACUUGGGAGUGCGUUGCCGCGAACGGAUGUAUGGUUGAGAUUGGGAAACGCGAUAUGAUCGGUCACGCCCAACUUGCCCUGGACAAAUUUGAGGAUAACAGGACAUUCUUUGGGAUUGAUGUCUCCCGGCAUGUUGGGCUUCGAAGGGCUACGGGUGGCCGACUGAUGCAACUGAUGCUCGACCUAUAUUCGAAAGGACAUAUUAAACCAAUCCAUCCAACAACCAUCUUCGACGCCACAGAAGUUGAGGACGCCUUCAGGUGCAUGCAGCAGGGCACGCAUGUGGGAAAGAUUGUGGUCAAGUUCCCCGGGGAUGAAGGACAGCUCCCAUGGGCUCCAGCCAUUCCCACCCCGACAUUCCGCGGCGACCGAUCGUAUCUGCUCGUUGGCGGAAUGGGGGGACUUGGGCGAGCGAUUGCCACGUGGAUGGCCGCAUAUGGGGCGAAGAACAUCAUAUUCCUCUCUAGAUCUGCUGGGAAGGGAGGAGAUGAUCCAGCCUUCAUCGAAGAAUCGCGAUUGAUGGGAUGUGAGGUGCAAGCAUUUGCCGGCGACGUGGCUGAUGACAAGUUGGUCAAUGAAGUAGUAGCAACAGCCACCGCGCCCAUUGCCGGUGUAAUGCAGAUGGCCAUGAUCCUCCGCGAUAUUGGCGUUCUCGACAUGGACUUGGAAACGUACCAAGCGGUGAUCGGACCAAGGGUGCAAGGCACGUGGAAUCUGCAUAAUGCGUUGGCAGACCAGCAUCUCGACUUCUUUGUUUUGUUCUCUUCAAUUUGUGGGAUAGUUGGAUAUUACGGCCAGGCAAACUACGCCGCGUCCAACUCUUUCAUGGAUGCCUUCGUGCAGUAUCGUCAUGAUCGUGGUUUGGCAGCCUCGGUGCUGGAUAUAGGAGCAGUAGACGAUGUGGGAUUCAUUAGCCGUACUCCGGCAGCCAAGGACACGAUGCUCGCCAUGUCUGGCCGACUCAUCUCAGAAACCGACUUUCUGGAGGCGUUGCAUCUCACCAUUGCUCGGUCGGCUAUGGCUCCUGCUGCAAAGAAGGAGUUUAUAGGCACAAAUGGCAUCCAUUAUCAUAACCCAAGCCAUAUAACUCAGGCCCUCGAGUGUCGGCUGCCUAUCAUGGACCCACAGAACAAUAUCAUCUGGAAACGAGAUCCCCGGAUGGCAAUAUACCGGAACAUUGAGACCGUCGCGAUAGAUAGUACGGCAGCUACAAGCGGCAUGGCCCCGUUCCUAGCGGCAGUGUCUGAGAGCCCACGCCAACUGGAGGAGCCAGACGCAAUCCAGUUCCUUGCUGGCCAGAUCCGAGAUCGAGUAGCGAAAUUUCUGAUGCGCAGGGACGACGAAGAGCCGUUGGAUACAGGUCUGACGCUGUCAGCGGCCGGCGUAGACUCGUUAGUGGCCAUUGAGCUGAGAAACUGGUGGAAACAGAAUCUAGGGGUCGAUGUGUCGGUGUUGGAGCUCAUGAAUGGAGGGAGCAUACAGCGAAUUGGAGAAAUGGCGGCCAAGCGGCUUCACGAACGAUUCACGAAGUAG